UAACAAGCACGUAUCUCUGUUGGGUGUUGUUCAAAGAUGUUUCAUUUGGUGUUUUAGAAUACUAAUUUUUUUUUCCUACAGCUAAUAUAUUUACAAAUUGUUUAGAUAACUUCUAAACAUUUGCAAAUAUGCAGGGUUUUAGAGCUUUGAAUGUUCAUUUUUCCAUAAGUACGUAACCAUUUUAGCCAAUUCACCAUCUAUCCAUUAUAAUUUUAUUUUGCUUUCACUCACAAAAACAUAUAUAAAAUGAAUAUUCAAAGCUGUAGGAAUACUGCGGAUGCUGUUCCCUUAUAUUUACCACAGGGAUUAUAUUUGAAACCUAUUGUUAAAAUUCAUAUGUCAGUAAGUUUACCUAACAUCAAGUCAGGUAAAAGUGUUUCAAAUUGGGAAGUUAUGGAAAAAAUGAGAUUUAUGAUAGAACCAGAUAAAUUUACAAUAUUAAAAGCUACUAAUAGUUCAAUGGAAUUUAUAAGAUUUGAAGGGGAGAUCGAAGAUAGAGGUAAACUAAGUAAUGUGUUAGCCCGACUGGAUGGUAGGCUUUUGAAGCUUACAAAUAUAUCUGACAAUCUGAGAGUGAGGGCUGCUGAAGCUAAGAGUGAUUUUCCUACUCGGCAUGACUGGGAUUCUUUCUUUCGAGAUGCUAAAAAUAUGAAUGAGACAAAGCCCGGAGAGAGACCUGAUACAAUACAUAUAUCUAAUUUACCAACAAAGUGGUUUGUUCAUAAAAGUCAAAUGAACGAUGAAAAUAUAAAGCCUUCCGAACGCAUAUUUAGCAAGGUGUUCGAAAGAUUUGGAAAAAUACGAAAUGUGGAUAUACCUAUAUGUGAUCCUUAUAGACAUCUCAUGAAGUCUCAUAUGACUGGAAUGAAAACAUUUAAUUUUGACCAAGAUACAUAUUUUGAAGGGUAUGUGCAAUUUGAAGAAUAUAUGGGAUUUGUCAAAGCAAUGGAUGCUUUGAGGGGAAAAAAGUUAUUAUUUAAAGAUGACCAUGAGAACUUUGUAAUAAAUAUCAGUGUUGAUUUUGAUAAAAAUAAACAUUUAAGUGAUGCUUGCAUUCGUCGUAGAAAAAUAGUGAGAGAUCGAUUUGUUGCUAGAGAUAAAGAAAAGGAAGAACGUGCUCGAAAAGAGGCAGAGGAGGAGAAGAAGAAAGAGGAGAAGGAGAGGCAAUUAGUGUUAGAAGCUGAAAAAGCCAAAGAAGAUCAGAGGCGUCAGAGGGAAGAACAACGUAAAAAGAAGCAAUUAGAAUUAUUGAAGAAGAAAGAAACUGAAGAAAUUAAUCAAAAGAUAGCGCUAGAAGAAAAGAAGCUUUUAAUUACACAACGCAAACUUGAAAGUAUUAGACUGCUAGAAGAGCUGUUCAAGAGAAUAAAGCUAAAUCCAAAAUUUCAACAAUUACAAGAAGAUAAAAGUAAACAUAAUAAAAAAAUUAAAGAAGAAGAUGAUGAAAAAAGACUUCGAGAUGGAAUAGUGUCUAAAUAUAAAAUGACUCAUGAAAAGCAACUAAAAGAGCAGCGAGAAAAAAUAAAAGAAAUGGAAGGAGCAAAUAUUUUGCAAAAAAUCUUAAAGGAAAGUGAAGAAUUAAAUCCCUCCUUACGUGAGUCGGUUUCAAUGACUUCAUUAUCAUCAGAAAAUUCAGAGGAUGAAGUUAAAAAACACAAGAAGUCAAAGAAAAAGAAAAAGAAAUCAAAAAAGAAAAAGCAUAAGGACAGUUCAGAUUCUGAAGCUAGUGUUUCCAGUAAAAAGGAUAAAUUAGAAAUGGGUCUUCCGCAAAAUCCACCUCCUUGGUAUGGAUAUGGCCCCCCGCCUAAUGGCGUUUUUCCUUUUCCAGGACCCUUCUUUCCUCCACCGAUGAUGGGCCGAGGCGGUCCUUUCUAUAAUAGGCCUUUCAAUCCUAAUGGGCCUCCUCGUGGCAUGAGAGGCAUGUAUCGGGGUCCUAGAGGGUUCAAUCCAAUUUGGCGUGGAAGAGGUAGAGGUGGACCAAUGAACCAUCAAAUGCCACCGAAUUAUUAUGAUGAUGAUGAUGAAUAUACCAGAUACUUCAAGAGAAUUUCAGGAACAUUAUCUGAAGAUAAGAGAUCAUAUUCAAGAAGUUACAGUAGGAGUCGAUCACGUUCUAGAUCUAGAUCACGAUCUAGAAGGUCUUAUUCAAGAUCACGAUCGAGAACUCGACGUUCGAGAUCACGAUCUCGGCGUUCGCGAUCGCGAUCUCGGCGUUCACGAUCGCGUUCGAGACGCUCAAGAACAAGAAGAUCUCGCUCAAGAUCCAGGAAUUCACGAUCGAGAUCGAGGUCUAGGUCUCGUUAUCGUUCUCGAUCGCGAUCUCGAAGCUCAAGAUCCAGACAUCGUUCUACCAGAUCUCACAAAUCGCGAUCUAGAAGUAAAUCUCACAAAUCUCCAGAAAAGGUUUCAAUCGCAAAUAAUUCUAAUCACAAUAAUUUAAUUCCUCAACAAGUAUUAACAAAUAAAGAAAUACAAAGGAAUGUCAUGCAGAACUUAAAAGAUAGACAAGAAAAGUCUGAAACCGAAGUUCAUAAUAAUGGAUCUAGAGAGUCGAGAUCUCCUAGCUAUAAAAGUAUAGAUAGUUCAAAAUUUAUUUCUCCAAAUAGACUUAGGAACAAACGUUCUAGAUCAAGAUCUUGGUCUUUGCCUCGAUCAAGCAACAAGGGAAAAAGAUCCUGGUCCAAGAGCCCUAGCCCACACCAGUAAUUGUUUUAUGAAUCGACAUUGAUUUUUCCAUGUUGUCAUUUGAAAUACAUUUAUAAAGUAAAUACUCAUUACGAACAAAUUCGUGAUCUAUGUUCCAAGUUUCAUGUUAACGUUGUAUAAAUGUUAACCUUGUGAUAAUUGUCAUGUGAUGGUAUUUGCUGCACAAAAUAGAUGGAAUAACAUAGGUUUAUUUGUAUGUAAAAUUUUUCGAAUUUAAUUAUGAAGAUGUAAAAAGUUGAUAUAAUAUA